AUGUCGAGUAAAGGAGGGUAUGCGGCGGCGCCGCCGCCGCGGCAGGGAGGCGACAGGUUCUACAACCCGCCGGCGUUUCGCCGCCACCACCACCACCAAACACUCUUGCAGCAGCAGCAGCAAAUGUUGCAGAGACAGCUGCUCCAGCAGCAGCAGCAGCAGCAGCAACACCACCUACAGCUCCAGCAGCACCGCCUGCUGCAGAGGAGGACGGCUCCGACGCCGGAGUAUUCCCCGGCUGCAGAGGCUGAGGCUCGGGACGACGCUGAUGCUUCAUCGACGGAGGUGGCAUUGUCCGUGCCGCCUUCCGUUGGCCGUGGGUCGGCUUUGAGAGUUACGAAUUUGGAUCGCUUGAUGGAAUCUGUUACUCCGUUUAUCGAGGCGCGGGGCUCGUUGGAGGCGAAUGUAAGAGGCCAGAGAGCGCGUGAAGUGGAUUCACUUCCUUUUUAUCACUUGGCAGAUCUGUGGGAAUUUUUUAGCGAGUGGAGUUAUUAUGGAGCCGGAGUACCUUUAUUGUUGCAUGGGAAAGACCGAAUUGAGCAGUAUUAUGUCCCUUUCUUGUCAGGCAUAGAAUUAUACGUCGACCCUUCAAACCCUGCGUCUCGACUUGGAGGGGUAAAUGAGGAAAUUGAUGCUGAGUCAGACAGGCGAGCUAAAUCCAGUUUUAGCGCGACCAUGCGGGGAUUGAAUACUCUCUCACUGGGAGAUAAAUCUGUCAUAAACUCAUCCGGUUCUGAAGUUGCUCGUUCUCGUGGCAAACCCGUGUUUCAGUUCUUGGAACACGAGCAGCCAUAUAAUCGUAGACCACUGGCUGAUAAGAUAUCGUUGCUUGUUUCGCAAUAUCCUGAGCUUAGCAAGUUCAAAAGCUGUGAUUUACUUCCAUCUAGUUGGAUAUGUGUAGCUUGGUAUCCGAUUUAUAGGAUACCCAUUGGCCCGACACUGCAAGAUCUCGAUGCAUCUUUCUUGACAUUCCAUUCUCUGUCCACACAACCUAAAAGCUACAGCCCCCCUCGAUUCCAUGCUCCGAACACUAGAAAUAUUCGAGGCUUUGCUGAUCCAACUCCAAAAAUUUCGUUGCCAGUAUUUGCUCUCGCCUCUUACAAGUUGAAAGGAUCGAUCGUGAGCCCCAGUGGACCCCACGAGUGUGAGCAAGAGAAUUCCCUCCUGCAAGCAGCCGACAAAUGGCUCAACGGUUUGGAAGUCAUGCUACCUGAUUACCAGUUUUUCCGUGCCCACAAUUCUCAUAGAAGAUGA